AUGACAGUUCUGAUAGACGAAGAAUGGAAAACGAAGUUCCGUCAACGAGUAUCUGUUCAUAUGGAGUGUGGAUCAGGAAAAAGCUGCUCGAUGCAGACAUUCUUCACAAAGUGUAUCAAGAACACUAAAAAGGAAACGCAUCCAGUUCUAACACCGCUGAUGAGAUUUGCCUUUGCAUCUGCCGCAAUAAGAUUCAAGUAUAAUUCUGCAUACAUCACUCGCAACACUGGCGAUCCUGACCAGGAAAAGCGUUUGAGAGGGAAAUUUUGCCGUCAGCUGCAGCAAGAUUCUGAAAGCGAAUGGACGUUGGGAGCGAAGAGUUUUGAAAAAUCGUUUGAGGACAAGAACUCGCAGAGAGCCUAUGCUUCAUUAAGACAGUAUAGCCAAAAGGUGAGAAGGUGUUCACCAGUUCUUAAUAAUGAAGUGGCUGUUGGUGAAAGGAACACUACCAAUUUGGAGGGAUCACUUCAAGACGUUAAUGAACCGGCGAGCGCCGUCAACUACUGA